CCGGUAUUGAGCCGCCCCGUAGUUGAAAGUGGAGUAGCGAUGUCUGCUAAUGUGGCCAAACAAACGUCUAAAAAUGCCUCCAAAACCAAUGCAGGAGGCACCGGAGCAGCGGGAGGAAGCAGUGUCCCCCCAGUAAUACCUCUAGCCUCUCCACUAAUGGGGAAAAAGAAGAAACCAUUCCUGGGCAUGCCCGCCCCGCUGGGCUAUGUUCCCGGUCUAGGCAGAGGUGCCACUGGUUUCACAACCCGAUCUGAUAUUGGUCCUGCUCGUGAUGCAAACGAUCCAGUGGAUGACCGACAUGCACCCCCAGGGAAGAGGACAGUUGGGGACCAAAUGAAAAAGAACCAGGAUGAUGAUGAUGAAGAUCUGAAUGACACCAAUUAUGAUGAGUUUAAUGGUUAUGCCGGGAGCUUGUUCUCCAGUGGCCCUUACGAGAAGGAUGACGAAGAAGCGGAUGCAAUAUAUGCAGCUCUGGAUAAAAGGAUGGAUGAAAGACGUAAAGAAAGAAGGGAGCUGAGAGAAAAGGAAGAAAUUGAGAAAUACCGUAUGGAGCGACCGAAAAUUCAGCAGCAGUUUUCAGAUCUGAAGAGGAAACUGGCAGAGGUUUCAGAGGAGGAGUGGCUUAGCAUUCCUGAGGUGGGAGAUGCCAGGAAUAAGCGCCAGAGGAACCCACGACAUGAGAAACUCACUCCUGUCCCAGACAGUUUUUUCUCCAAACACCUUCAAACUGGAGACAACCACACCACUGUGGACCCUCUACAGGGGCUUGGUGGACUUAAUACACCGUACCCAGGAAGCAUGACACCAGGCUUGAUGACGCCAGGGACUGGAGACCUGGACAUGAGGAAAAUUGGUCAGGCCAGGAAUACACUCAUGGAUAUGAGACUCAGUCAGGUUUCUGACUCUGUCAGUGGUCAAACUGUGGUAGAUCCUAAGGGCUACCUUACAGACCUCAACUCUAUGAUUCCCUCACACGGAGGAGAUAUCAGUGACAUCAAAAAGGCUCGUCUGCUGCUGAAAUCUGUGAGGGAAACAAACCCCCACCACCCACCUGCCUGGAUUGCCUCUGCCAGACUGGAGGAAGUGACUGGAAAACUGCAGGUAGCCAGGAACCUCAUCAUGAAAGGCACAGAAAUGUGUCCUAAGAGUGAGGAUGUGUGGCUGGAGGCAGCCAGACUUCAGCCUGGUGACACAGCCAAAGCUGUGGUAGCGCAAGCUGUCCGGCACCUGCCGCAGUCAGUUCGGAUCUACAUCAGAGCGGCCGAACUGGAAACAGACGUCAGAGCAAAGAAAAGAGUCCUCAGGAAAGCCCUCGAGAAUGUGUCCAAGUCAGUUCGCCUGUGGAAGACAGCUGUUGAGCUGGAGGAGCCAGAGGAUGCCAGAAUUAUGCUGAGCAGAGCAGUGGAGUGUUGUCCUACAAGUGUAGAGCUUUGGUUGGCUUUGGCCCGGCUGGAGACGUAUGAGAAUGCCCGACGUGUCCUGAACAAAGCUCGAGAGAACAUACCCACUGAUCGCCACAUCUGGAUCACUGCCGCCAAGUUGGAGGAAGCCAAUGGCAACACACAGAUGGUGGACAAGAUCAUUGAGAGAGCCAUCACCUCGCUGCACGCAAAUGGUGUGGAGAUCAACAGGGAGCAGUGGAUACAGGAUGCAGAGGAGUGUGACAAAGCUGGCAGUGUGGCCACCUGCCAGGCCAUAAUCAGAGCAGUUAUUGGGAUUGGCAUUGAAGAGGAGGACCGCAAACACACCUGGAUGGAGGAUUCGGAUAGUUGUGUGGCCCAUGGAGCACUGGAGUGUGCCAGGGCUAUCUAUGCCCAUGCUCUGCAGGUGUUCCCCAGUAAGAAAAGUGUGUGGCUUCGAGCUGCCUACUUUGAAAAGAACCAUGGUACUAGGGAGUCUUUGGAGACCUUGCUGCAAAAAGCUGUAGCUCACUGUCCCAAGGCAGAGGUGCUUUGGCUUAUGGGAGCCAAAUCCAAGUGGCUGGCUGAGGAUGUCCCUGCUGCUAGAAGUAUCCUUGCUCUCGCCUUCCAGGCUAAUCCGAACAGUGAAGAGAUCUGGUUGGCUGCUGUCAAGCUGGAAUCUGAGAAUAAUGAGUAUGAGAGAGCCCGGCGGCUGCUGGCCAAGGCCCGGAGCAGCGCCCCCACGGCCAGAGUGUUCAUGAAGUCAGUGAAGCUGGAGUGGGUGUUAGGGAACAUCGAAGCCGCUCAGGAGUUGUGCACAGAGGCCCUGAAACACUAUGAAGACUUUCCGAAACUUUGGAUGAUGAGAGGCCAGAUAGAGGAGCAAUGUGACAACAUGGAUAAAGCCAGAGAGGCCUACAACCAAGGGUUGAAGAAGUGUCCACACUCGGUGUCCCUAUGGCUGCUGUUGUCGCGUCUUGAAGAGCGAAUAGGACAACUGACUAGAGCCAGAGCCAUCCUGGAAAAGGCACGACUCAAGAACCCCCAAAGUCCAGAGCUGUGGUUGGAAUCGGUCAGACUGGAAUUCCGAGCCGGACUGAAGAACAUUGCAAACACACUGAUGGCAAAAGCUCUGCAAGAAUGUCCUAAUUCAGGUAUCCUGUGGGCUGAGGCAGUGUUUUUAGAGGCCAGACCACAAAGGAAGACCAAGAGUGUGGACGCUUUGAAGAAGUGUGAACAUGACCCACAUGUGCUGCUUGCUGUGGCCAAGUUAUUCUGGAGUGAGCGCAAGAUCACCAAAGCCAGAGAAUGGUUCCUCCGCACAGUAAAGAUAGAGCCUGACCUGGGAGAUGCUUGGGCUCUCUUCUACAAGUUUGAACUGCAGCAUGGAACAGAAGAGCAGCAGGAAGAAGUGCGUAAGCGUUGUGAAAAUGCCGAGCCCCGUCACGGCGAGCUGUGGUGCGCUGAGUCCAAACACGUCCUAAACUGGCAGAAGAAGACAACAGAAAUUCUUGCACAAGUCGCGAGCAAGAUCAAAAACACGUUCUGAGACUGAGGAGUUGGAUACUAGAGAAGUCUCUGAAAUCACCAAUAUGGAAGGGAAGCAUCACAGACUCAUGCAGUAUCUGCGAGUAUCCAUCCAUUUGCAGCAGACGCAACGUGAACUGAUUUACUCUGCCGUUUGAUAAGUUAUGAUUUCAUGACAAACUGAAUAUAAAUUUUAUUUCAUGUCAAAAUAAAUGUCACACCAGGACAGUGAUUACUUUGUGCAACCAUUAUGAUAGCCUGGAGUCUUUAUCCAUCUGGGCAGCUACUUCUUAAAUGUUGAACUUUUUUCCCAGAUUAUUGCAUUUCAUCAGCUAAUGAGUACAGUGUAAUGAGUAUUUGUUCUUGUGUAAGACAUUUCAUCACCUGCAGCAGUGAAGUGUCCCCACACAACCACAUGCUAUCUUGUUUGUAUAUGUGUUUACAUAGAUUAGAAGUCAAAUGAAAAACAUACGUACAGAGAAAUGUAUGUGUUGAUCCCAUUUUACUAAUUUUAGUUGAACUCUGAGGUUAAAUUUAAUUUGGUUUGUAAUUCAUCACUUUGUACAGGUAGUCAUGUGUCAAUAUAUUGCAGGCCUCCAACAGCUAUUGUGCUACUGUUGUGGAAAAAAUGUAUUAGCUAAGAAAGAGAAUGCCUGAAAUAAAG